GUUGACCGAGGAUAACCUCAAACUGACGAUGAGCGUGAAUGAGUGUCGUUACGAAAGGAGAAAGCUUUGAGAAAACAGUCGAGUACGCGCGUGCAAAACAUGGAGUUGCCUGAAAAUUGGGAUAAUGAGUGCAACGACUCACAAAAUGACGUCCAACAGCAGGAUGAGUUACCGAGCCCCCUUAUUCCUGGAUACGUAACCUUUGACGAUUACAUCCAGAAUGCAUUUGACGCGAUGAGAGCCGGAAUCAAGGCAGCCAACAAUCUGCCUGUUGGAGACAACUUCAACUACUAUGCUUGUUUUUCAAGCUUCAACGACGCCAGGCACAGAGACGCAGAGAGAAUACUGGCUACAAUGCAGAGCGUGAUAAAACUAACGGGUGGUUCUACCAACAUCCAAACUCGAGACGAUGAGGAAAAAUUUGAUCUUUUAUUGGAAACAAACGACCUGCUGUUGGAUCAAGCUAACAUAUUGAUGGACGAGGAGAGCGGUGUCUUGCGAAAUCCUCAAGUGGAAUUAGUCGUGUCGCAAAUGCCAAAGCCAGUUGUGAAUGGCAGUUGGAACAUAAGGGCCAAUCAGAUCGAUCGAGAUGGUGCGGAGAAAGUACGGCUGUUGGGUGGUAAAAAUAUACAAAGACCGCAGUUGAUGUUUAAAGAUAAAAUUGACAAUAGUUUCAAGCCGUGGGUGCCUCGAAUUAAGGAUAAACCAAACUCGCUCAAGCCAUUGGCUCUCCAAGUCGAGGAAGGUGAACACGGCGAGGUGUUCAAUCAUCCAUACGAGUUUGAAUUGGACAAGUUUGAAACGCCAGAGUGUCAACUGACCAAGAGAAUACUCGUAGAGUACAAGUCGUUGGACGAUACCAAACUGGUAUUUAUCGACAAGCCAGCCGAUAUCGAGAUUCUCCUGCAAGAUCUGAGAAAUGAGAAGGAAAUAGCCAUCGACUUGGAACAUCACUCUUAUAGAACGUUUCAGGGCAUAACUUGUCUAAUGCAGAUAUCAACGAGAACGACCGAUUAUUUAAUCGAUACUUUGACCCUGCGAUCAGAAUUGCACCAACUGAAUGAAAUUUUGACAAAACCUUCGAUUCUCAAGGUCUUCCACGGUGCCGACAUGGACAUUUUGUGGCUUCAGAGGGACUUGUCGCUCUACGUCAUCAACAUGUUUGACACCCAUCAAGCAGCGAAACAGCUCAACCUACCCUACCUCAGUUUGGCUUAUCUGUUGAACAAAUAUUGCGACAUAGAUCCCAAUAAACACUUUCAAUUGGCCGACUGGCGUAUAAGACCUUUACCGUCAGAACUGAUGAAAUACGCGAGAGAAGAUACGCACUAUCUGCUUUACAUAAAGGACAGGCUCAACAACGAGUUGAUUGACAUGGCUAACGGCAAGGGCAAUGUCUUGAAGGCUGUCUACGAUCAAAGCACCGAGAUUUCCAAGCGCACGUACGUGAAACCAAUUUGGACGGAGGAAAGUUGUAUAAACAUGUACAGGAAGAGUCAGAAGUCGUUCAACAAUAAGCAGAUGUACGCGCUCGUCCACUUGCACAGAUGGCGAGAUCUCACUGCCAGAGAGGAGGAUGACAGUAUCGGCUAUGUCUUGCCGAACCACAUGCUGCUCAACAUAGCUGAGACCUUGCCGCGCGAGAUGCAGGGUAUUCUCGCGUGCUGUAAUCCAAUUCCGCCAUUAGUGCGACAGAAUUUGUUGAAGAUACACAAGACAGUGCUGAAGGCUAGGGAGCAGCCGCUUGUAAAAUCCAUCUCCGAGCAGGAAAUUCGGCAGAGACCGACGCAACAGAAUCACGCGACGGACACCGGGGCUUCCUUGUACAACAUACCGCACGACGUACCGAGCGGCACAGAGGCGAGAGCGGACUUGCCGUGUCUUUUGAACAAGACAAUCUCAGCCAUGCCAGGUGCCAACGAGUGUCGCGUACCGACGGUCAAGCAUACCGUAACGAUAUUCGAUACACCAGAGGAUCAAAUUCAAGGUCAAGCAAAAACCAAUGACCAAGACAACAGAAGCAAGACUAUAUUUGUAAGUCCGUUUAUGAGAUACAAAUGUGUCAUACCAAUGCUAGUGGAUCAGGAAGCAAAAGAACAUGAGAACCGACAAAGAAAGGGGAAAGAAGAAGAAGAAGAAGAGGCUCUCAUAAAACUCGAGGAUGACAUUAACGAGAGUAUAAAUAGAGUUCACCAACACUUUAAGCAAGUAUCUCAAACACAUGAACAAGUGAAGAUUUCGCCCAAGAAGAAAAAGAAAUCGAAACAAUUAAGUCUAAGCCAAAUACAUGGCGGAAAAAGGAAGGGAGAAUUUGAUACUGGAAACGUGGAUCGGAAACAGAAUGGCAACUUUAUUUUUCCUAGCACGUCGACGCCAUUCUUGGAUGCUUUAAAUGUUCAUGUAUCCAAGAAAGCGAAGCGAGAAGCAGAGGAAACGAUCGAGGAACGAAAGCUGCAACAGAGCCUCGCGCAAGUUCAGAGCGAUAAUAAUUCUGAAGCAGUUAAAUCGAUAAGAGCUAGGAAGAAAGGCGACAGAAAGGCGAAUGAGAAACAGCUCAAGGAACAGGGUAUGUUACCAUCCGAAAAAUUCGACUACAAAUCGGUAGAUUUCAACAGUUUCCAAGGUGGCAGUAAGCAAAGUAGUGCAAAUCAGACAAAGUUUCAGCAACCUCGGCGGAAGAAGACGGAGAGACCUCAGAAAUGGAAGAAACAGAAGCUUAAUAUAUAGUUGCGUCGUGUUUUUUUUCCCCCUCAUAGAGUUAUCUUUGGAAAGAAGAAAGAUUCUUACAACAUAAGGAUGUAAAAAUAUGUACUGUAAAAAGAAAUCUUCUUACACCUGUACCGACGAGUUUUGAUAACAUUUCUCUACGUGUUUGAAAAUACAAAAGAUGCUGUGUGAAAAUAAUCGGUCGAUCCAAAUGUAAGAUUACUCGUUCGCUUAUUCUUUUUUUCUCUCCUUAAUAAUGUACAGAUCGUACGUCUGUAUAAAGAAACAUGUGUGUAAAAAUACAAUUGUUACAAGUCAUUGU